ACUUUGUUCUUUUUAUGGAUGGCGUAUGAUUCAUUGAAAAGAAAAUCGAAGUGAUGUGACUUUUUUGAAAGCUUUUUUAACUUUGAACUUGAAAACAAGAAACUUUUUGAGGUUUUUGAACUAAUUCAUUGCUCUUCUACAUAUUUCACAUCUCGAGCUUAGUAUCCUGGUGAUUCACGUACCUUUCCCCAUCUUUAAAUGUGCUGGCGUUCUUCGUAGAAGAUAAAUUUCAUUCAUCCAAACAUAAGAUACAGCAUGAAAAGGCCAAUGGAGGCCCGUUGCUGAAAUAUGAGCGCAUCUUUUAAUCCGAGCUAUAGCCCAUACGGUACCUACUACAUGUUCGUGUUGCUCUUCUUCUAAAAUACAUACGUACCUACGUAAGAGGACGACGACGCCGGCGGUGCGCCGCCGCUAAUUGGAUGUUGGUUGGUUCUUGUACGAUGCACAGCACACCUGAACUGCUCUCUCGAGUCUCGAUUCCGAGGUACCUCUAAAUAAGCGCAUCGUCGGCGCAGCGGCGGCGGCAGCGACGACGGCGGCGGCUUCUCUUCCUCGCUAGAGAGUUGGAAAGUUAUUGUCGUAUAGACUUAGAGUUACUUACCUAUGCAUCUUCCUGGUGUAGUGUAAUUACAAGCGCGGAUCGCUGGUCAAAUCUAUCCUCGUGUCGUGGUUGUUGUGUAGGAGUCGAAGAAAACGAAAAAGGAAAAUGAAAAACUGAACGAAAUUCGAUAAAAAACCUUACAAGUUUUUUCGGUCGAUCGCGUAAUUACUGUCGACGUUCGCUUCUACCUAUAAGUAAGAUAACCUAUCGGUUGUGUGUACUUGAAAAAAAAACCAUUAGUUGUGGUUGUUUUUGGACUUUGUGACAAAGGUAUGUGUCGAACGGUGCGUUUAUGCUGGUUCGGGCUUCGGGUAAAUUCGAUUCGCGAUCGUAUGGUUUUUGGAUAUGUCAAAAACGUAUAACAGUUAUCGGAUAAGAAAAAUCGAAUCAAUCGGCAAAAUGACAGUGAUGAGUCAAGAAGAGUUAAUCGUGAACACGAAAACGGUCGUUCAGGGCUUGGAAGCCUUGAAGACCGAACACAAUUCCAUUCUGAGCGGUCUGCAAGAAAUCUCGUCCCAUGUGCAACCAUCGCCUUUGGUCGAAGAGAAACAACACAUGGUGAAAAAAUCGCUAGAUAUGAUCGAACUCGGUCUCGGCGAAGCUCAGGUAAUGAUGGCGUUAGCAUCGCAUUUACAAAUAGUCGAAGCGGAAAAACAAAAAUUACGUACGCAAGUUCGUCGCCUAUGUCAAGAGAACGCCUGGCUUCGAGACGAGUUAGCCAAUACGCAGCAAAAACUACAAGCGUCUGAACAGAACGUCGCCCAGCUAGAAGAAGAAAAGAAACAUUUGGAAUUUAUGGAUUCGAUUAAGAAAUACGAUAGUGAUAUAACGGGUGAUAACGAGUCGUCGAACGAAGCGAAACAAGAUAGACAGAAAAGCGACGAUCCUGUAGUCGAUCUGUUCCCCGAAGAUGAAAAUGAAGAAAGAAAUAAUAUGUCUCCUACACCUCCGUCACAGUUCGCUCAACAAGUAAAUGCCGGUUACGAAAUACCGGCUCGGUUACGCACGCUGCAUAAUUUGGUGAUACAAUAUGCCUCGCAAGGUAGAUACGAAGUCGCUGUUCCGUUGUGUAAACAGGCUUUGGAAGAUUUAGAAAAAACCUCCGGUCACGAUCAUCCCGACGUGGCGACCAUGUUGAAUAUUUUAGCGUUGGUUUAUCGUGAUCAGAACAAGUACAAAGAAGCUGCUAAUUUAUUAAACGAUGCAUUGGCUAUUAGAGAAAAGACUUUAGGAGAAAAUCAUCCUGCUGUGGCAGCGACAUUAAACAAUUUAGCCGUAUUGUAUGGUAAACGCGGAAAAUACAAAGAAGCCGAGCCGCUUUGCAAAAGAGCGUUAGAAAUACGCGAAAAAGUAUUAGGAAAAGAUCACCCGGAUGUUGCGAAACAACUGAAUAAUCUGGCGUUAUUGUGUCAGAAUCAGGGCAAAUACGAAGAAGUAGAAAGAUAUUAUCAACGAGCGUUGGAAAUAUACGAAAUAAAACUAGGACCAGACGAUCCGAACGUGGCGAAAACCAAAAAUAAUUUAGCUUCGUGUUUCUUAAAACAAGGCAAAUACAAAGAAGCCGAAAUUCUUUACAAACAAGUAUUGACCCGAGCUCACGAAAAAGAAUUCGGAACCAUCGACGGUGACAACAAGCCUAUAUGGCAAGUGGCCGAAGAAAGAGAAGAGAAUAAGAAUCGUAGCGCCGGUAAUGCCCCUUAUGGCGAAUAUGGCGGUUGGCACAAGGCUGCGAAAGUAGACUCACCUACGGUCACAACGACGUUGAAAAAUUUGGGUGCGUUGUAUCGUCGACAAGGCAAAUACGAAGCGGCCGAAACCUUAGAAGAUUGCGCUCUGAGGUCUAGAAAAGAGGCUUUGGAUAAUAUCGUGAAACAGACUAAAGUCGCACAAAUCUUGGGCGGCGGAGGUAAUGCCGGAGAUAGAAGGAGUAUCAGAUCGAGUAAACUGAUCGGAUCAAGGGAAUCGUUAGAAUAUGAGACUGGUGCUAAUGAAGAGAACGAGGAUGAGGUUAGUCGUGUGCAAAGAACACCGUCUGAUGUGUUGCAAGCAAGUUUGAAAAAGAAAUUGUUCAACGCGUUAGGAAUCAACAACUAAAAUAUAGUUAUUAUAUUGUGAUAAUGUGUAAUUCUGAGGGUUUCCUCUUUUAUAGGAUUGUUGUGUUACGAUGUCUUUUUUUUUUACAUUUUAUUUAUUUUUAUCUUCUCUUUUCCCUCUAUAUAUUUUUAAAAAUUUUUUUUGUAAAGUGGCUGUACCUACUUUGUAUGUCGUUCGGUAAAACGAACGUUAAAAUUUUUAGAUUUUAAUUUAAACUAUGUAGUGUUACAGGAGCUCAGGGUGUCUGGUGAGUGGAUCUGGAUGUAUUGCUUAGGAUUUAGAUGUGAUUGGGUGCCAUUUUAAGAAACCAUGUUGAAUGAUUGAGUUGCCUUUCUCUAAAAUUGGAGGAGUUCAAUUUGACGUUGAAAUGACAAAAUUUCUGAUAUUUUGCGAAUUGAUUUUCUAACUUUUUUUGUGGUUUGAUUUUCAAUUUUUUUUUUUUUUGGAAAGUGAGAUAACGCAUGAAAAAAUUGUUGUGAAAUAGUGUCGAAAAAAGGGGAUGAAAAUUUGAGUCUGUCUCUGUCCCCCCCCCUCCCAGUGGCCAAAAAUUUAAUUAUCAUCAAUUGGUGACGGUUUCAGUCCAUUCUGGAGCCUAGUGGAAUUUUUGAUUUUCCAAUUUUUAAAAAAUUGCCAUGAAAAAAGGUUAGAAUGAAAUUCGUUAGCUUCCUUAAAGUGUAGCUACACCUCUUCUUGGUCGUUUAGACACAAAUUUUCAAAAUCUGUUUCUGCCCAUUUAAAUUUAAAAAUUUUCAGAACGAUCGAUCGACCCUCUUGAGCUAUUCAGGAGCCUUCGACAAAUGUUUUGAAUUUCUUACAUCUCGAAAAAAACAAAAUGAAAAUCGAAAUUUGAACAGGUAGAAACAGUUUGGGAAAAUUUGUGCAAAAAUCAAUCAAAAAUGGCCGCAAAAAUGUGUAAUCCUGGUUCAUAAGUGCUGAUUUUCAUUUUAGCCCUUUUCAAGUAGGACAAUUUUCUCAAAAUUGAAAAAAUCCAGAACUUUGAUGAAAGGCUCCAGAACCUUUUAAACUACCAUCAAUCGAUUUUAGAGGUGGAAAACAUGUAAAAUAGAAAUCAAACUUUUAUAUUACUCGCUCAAUUUUGAUCAAAUUUUGAUUUUUUUCAAAAAAAUGUGCCUUUUGAAAAUUUUUUUUUCAUAAAAUUUCAGCUUGUGUAAAUUCUCAAAUUUUUUUUGCAGGGCUAUAUCAAAUUUUGAAUGAAAUUGAAAUUGAUCUAUCUUAGUAGUCUAACCCCCCCCCCCAUUUUCACCUCUGUUCAUAUUUGUAAUAAUUUUUUCAACUGCUAAUAAUUCCUCUAAUUUUACUGACAAGAAACAUGUUUUUCGAAAUUUCUUUCGUCGUUAAAGGUAACACCGACCUAUGACUGUACGCAUCCAAAUCUGAAAGCUCGUGAUCCACUUAACAAACACCCUGUAGAAGGAUAAAUUUUGACUGUGUCGUUACCAGAAUUUCAUUUUAAAUGAUUUAUGAAAAAAAAGUUCGGUAUUUUUUGUUAUCGAUAAGCUUUUGUUGGCUUAAUACUUUUUAAAAUUCGUUUUAAUCUCUUAUCAUGUUCUGAUGACGUUUAUCGACUGCGAUUGAUUAUUUUAUUUUAUCAUUUUUACCUUAUUUGUCUCUUGAGGAGAGGAUGAGUGAGGAAUAUUUUCAAUAGACAUACCGACUUAUUGAGAUCGAUUAUGAAAACCAAUCAAUUAUUUUCUGUGAUGAAUUAAGUACCUAUCGAGUAUUCAAUUUAGAAACUGAUUGAUCGACAAUUCAAUUUUGAAUUUACCGUUUUAUAAUUCGAUUUUUCAAGUCUAAUUUUCGAGUCGAUGAUUCAAUCGGUCUUAGGUAACUAAUCGGAAAUAUUUUUCUUGUUGCUAUUCAAAUUUUUUCUGCAACUUGGGUAUAUACGUGCACUUUUUUGAGAAAUCAAAAGUUUGUGCUGCACUAGUCAAAAUUCGUUUAAUUAUGGACUGAGGUAGGGAGUAUUUUCGAAAUUUAGAUUUGAGAUUAUUGCAUAUCAAAAAUAUGUUUUUGAGGAGAUGAAUUGAAGUAUUUUUUUCUCAGCUUAGUUCUACGUAGUAUCCUUUUGAGGUUAUUCAAAUUUAUAGCGAGUUUAUUUUCGUUGAUCGAUUUUUCUUUUCUUCGAAUUCUCGAGUGAAAAAAAGUGUUUUAAAUAUCAAGAUCUAGCUUUUGAUCUAAUUUUACUUCCAAAGUGUUUUUCUUUUUUUCACUUAUUAAAAAUGUAGAUACCAUAUCAACUUACAUAAUAAUUAUUAACACGUCUGUGAUUAUUUGUGAAAAUAAUAUCCAAACAUAUUUUUUUUUAACCAUCGAAAUAACGGUUAUGCGAAUUCUUCGAGCGUGAUUUUCAUCGUUAACAUAUUUUUUAUUUCUGAUUUAUUUAUUAAUUUUUCUUUCUUUAUUAAAGAAGCAUGGAAUUUUCUUCGAUGUACAGUCACUCUACAUUUACAUAAGUAUUUUUAUGUUUGAUUAUUACCUUACCAGUGUGUAUCGACGUGUAAUUUUUAUAGCGGAUUUUCGAUGUUUUCUUUAACGAUUUUGUACGUAUCUAGUAUAGGUAUAUUUGAUAGGUAAUUUUGAAAGUGAGAAUUUUAUGUAUAAUUUCUUUCCUCUGUCGGUAAGUACUGGUAUACGAUUAGUGAUUCCUGGUGAAUUGAGUGUUCAUGGUUGUGUAGUUUGCUGCCAAGUUCAUUGGGUGAUUAAUGCUCAUCGUAUGUACAAGUGUAGAUAAUUUAUGUAUUGUCAAAUUUGAGAUUUUGAAAGGGCGAUUUUGUCAAAUUUUGGAUUUUUUUUGGAUUCAAUUUUUGUGGGUUGAAAUUUUUUUAUUUUAUUUUUUAUUUUUAUUUGAAAGUUGCUUGUGUAAAAUUUCACCUUUUCUGUGUUUAACUUACUCGUAUUUGAAAUAAAGUCAUGAAGUGAGAAAGCUUUGUGACUCGAUUUCUUAAAAAAUGAAGAUUAUUACUGAUCAACGUUGAUCCAGAUAUUCCUUAGAAUUUUCAUCGGAUUAGAUCUAUUCAGAUUUGAUCAGAUUCAAUAUUUUCCUCUUUAAUUCAACACAUCUAAUCAAAGUUGAACAGACCUUUUUGACUUGAUCGGAUCUGGAGAUCUGUACUGAUCAGAUCCGAACAUUCCUCAGAAUUUUGGGCUAGUUUUAGAUCUGUUAAGUCAUGAUCUGAUGCAAUAUUUCUCCCUUAGUUUGGCAUUUCUAAUCAGAUCUGAUAAGGUCUUCUUGACUUGAUCAGGAUGGAUGAGAUCAGAUCUGAUCAGAUGCAAUAAAUAUUUUCCUCCUUGGUUCACUAUUUCUGAUCAGAUCUGAUUAGACCUUCUCGAUUUGAUCAGGUCUGAUCAGAUCCAGUCAUUUCUCAAAAUUUUGGCCGGGUUAGAUUUGCGACCUGAUAAGAUCUAAUAUUUUCACCUUCACCUCCCGGAUUCUUAAUUCCUAUCGAUAGGGUUUGUUACAUUUUUCUCUUGGAAACUUGAGAUUUUUGAGAUAUUUUUGCCUCAGUUUAAAAAUUUUGUUUUUCAUUUUUGGUUGCAAAUAUCUUGAAAAUUUAAUUUUUCAAACCUUCAGACAAAAACUAACCAACUUUGUAUCUAUUUUUUCAAUUUUUUUUAUGCAAAAAAUUAUGGCUCAAUGAUCUUAAUGAAACAUAAUAAAAAAAUUUCAAAAUGUUCGAGUUAUUCUAUUUUUUUUUCAUUUUCAUGGUUUAAGAUAUUCAAUACUUACCACUUGAAUGAAAAAAAAAUCAAAUUUUUCAAACUUCAAUCACUCAAGGGGAUGAGGGGAAGAGGUUAAACAUAAAACAAAAAAAUCAAAAAUUUUUCCUAUACAUUUUUUCCCAAGCUAAAUCCUAUUAAACUUUGAAAAAAUGUUUAAAAUAAAUGAGAAACGACCCGUUUUGGUGUAAGUAUUUUUUUGCCUCGCUUGUAGGAAUUUUUUCAUACAAAAAUUUCGUUUCAGUUCAUUUUUUUGGUAAGAUCCUUCGUUUACCUGAAAAAUUGAUUGAUUUUUUUGUCAAAAAUUGAUUUUUAUGGAAUAAAGCGAACAUUACUUAAUGUACAAAAUUUGAUUUUUUGGGCAAUCAAAGGUCCAACGAAAAAAAAAAUUGUAAUGAGCGAAUUUUCCAUCAGAAAAGUUCUAUCAAGUAGGUAUUUCUCUAAAAAACUUGGUUUUCGAGAUAUUUUUGCUCAAAAUCCAGACGAUGAAGUUCAACUUCUACCUUCUAUCACAAAUAUUUCAAAAACUUUACGUUUUAGUUGAAAACGAAUUGGACGUAGAUAUAGAUAUGUAAGUACCUGAUAAAAAAUCUCAUGAGUUGCAAUUUUUCCUCAUUAAUUUUUUUCUUAAGACUCUUUGUUCGUCGUAGAAAGAAAUUUUUUGAAAAAUAAUAAUCACUUUUUAUGAAUAAAAAGUAAAUUUUUUGGGUCAACAAACAAUUCUAGGUAGUAGGUACCAAAAAAAAAAAUGAAAUUUUUUUAAGAAAGCAAAACUUAUUUUUUGAUAUUCUCUCUGAUUCAAGUUCAGAAGUUCAACUUUUAUCCCCUGCCUCAAAUUCUUCAAAAACUGAGCUUCUUUGUGAAAAAAAAAAUAUUGAAGUUCUUUGGUGGGAAAUUUUACAAUUUAUAAUUUUUCUCUACAUAAUUUUUUUCAAUGCUUCUUCGAAAUCUCAAUUUGAUAAUUCUGUUCACAUUUGUGUGUUGUGAGCUGCUGAAUCACCCGAUGAAAGGUAUCAAACUAUAGGUGCGUUUAUGAUUGUCCGUAACUCUUACGGCUUGUUACAGAAAAGUAAAAAUUUUUUUACUUUUCUGUAAUUUUCUUUGUUCUUUUCUGUAAAACAAAAAGUUACGGUUACGGACAACGUGAACUACGCCAUAAGAAUUCUUGUAUUUUACUUUUCUGUAACAGACCGUAACUUUUAUUACGGUUAGUUACAGACAAUCAUGAACGCACCUUAUAUCGUUGAAAAAUUCGGUACUACCUGACAGUUUUUUUUUCUUCUUCUCAUUGUAUAUAGAGUAUUUAUUUAACAUGCUAAGAAAUGUAUCGUGUUCAAUGACUUAUGCUUAAUAGCGAUAUGCUCUCACCAAUCGCACAAAUUUUUUCUCCCCCUAAUUAUUUACCACUCUCGAUAUACUCGAUAAAUGGACGAUUAGUCAGCCUAUGUUAAGAUUUAUUUUAUUAAAACGCGUCUACAUGACAUUUUAUUAUAAUUCUCGUUUUUUUUUUGUUUUUCUCAUACUAUUUCGAAUAACGCUUUUAUAUUUACGAAUUUUUGAAAAACGAUCGAUGAAUUUGGAGAAAUGUAAUAUAACGUUUUGAAAAAAAAAAAAAUGAUUUUUGUGUUAUUACCUACCUACGUUAACCAGCCUGUAU